GAGGGAAGUAUUCUGAGUUUCUCCUUUACACAGCUCGGGAAAUCCAACAUGGAGGCGCUGAGCAAAGGCCGCGAUAUUAGCCUUUCUGCUUUGAAGCAAAACGACCCUUUCAUCUCCAGCAUCGUCGAUGUGACCAGCCAGGUCGCGUUGUACACUUUUAACCCAAAGGCCAGUGAGUGGGAGAAGACUGAUGUAGAAGGUACUCUGUUUGUGUAUACCAGGUCAGCUUCUCCUUACCAUGGCUUUACAAUCAUGAAUCGACUUAACAUGAAAAAUUUAGUUGAACCCAUCAACAAAGAUCUGGAAUUUCAGCUCCAAGACCCAUUUCUUCUCUAUAGAAAUUCAAACUUGUCCAUUUACAGCAUCUGGUUUUAUGACAAGAAUGACUGUCAACGAAUUGCGCAACUGAUGUCAAAGGUGGUACAAAUGGAAGCACAGAGAGCCCAGCAAGAAUCUCCGGGGAGAAUCACUCCAAGCAAGCCCAAUGGGUGCGAUGAAGAAAAUCCUAUUGACAUCCUAGACAUGCUUAGCAAAGCCAAAGAAGAAUAUGACCAAACGUGUCAAUUUGGUGAUUCAAGUAUUUUAUCAAGUUCUCCAGGCAUACACAGCACUGCAGGCCUAGCUGUGAAAAAGUCAUCAAUAGAUGAACAUACCUCUUCUCCAGCACAGCACCACAACAAGCAUAUUCUUUCAGGUGCCAAACAUUUGACCGUAGAGGAAUUAUUUGGAACACCUGUUACUAAAGAGCAAUUGAUGAACUCUAAUCAAGAAAUGUUAUUGACACCUCAGCAUGACACCAAAUUAAGAAGUCAAAACUUAAUCUUACCCUUCACUUAUGAACAAUCAACAGAACUUAAGCAAUUGGGGAGCCCUGAGAAUCUUAAUAACAAAAUCAGUCUUUCCCGGUUGAAUUACCAGGAAGACAUUGCACCAGUACUAAUGACACCAGCUGCACUCCAGAAAUCUGAUGUCAAAACCAAUUGUAUGUACAACAUUUCUGCCAGUCCCCUCUUUCAGUCUUCCCUAAAUUUUGAAGCUUCUUCUAAUCAGAGUGUGGCCACCAUCAGUACUAAUGGACACAGUCAGAAUUUGCAACAAGAAGUCAAAACAGUAUCACCACUGAUGAUGUGUCCACUUUCAUCUGAAAUAACGUGUGUUAACCAGAACCUGACUUCAGGAAGUAACCAGAUACCACAGAGUGGCACUGUGGAAAGAAGCACUUCAGAUAUUCGAUCUCGAGGUCGUGAACUGCUUCAGAAACUCAAAUUGACACGACAGCAUGAUCAGCAGCACCAGACUCUCAGCAAACCCUCAUUAGCUGCAAAUUUUUCUCCACUACUUGUAACGCCGGAGAGCUUUAAAGAACCAAACAUAAAAACCACUGAGGCUUCAUUACAGGUUGUUCUCACACCAACAACCACCUCUUCAGUUAGUCCAUCUAUGCUUUUGUCUCCCAGUAUGUUCAAGCAGUCAACAGGAAUGAUUUCAGAAAGUGAAAGGAAGUACGCUUCAACCUCCCCUUUAACAUUGACAUCAGAGGCCCGAUCCUCACCAUUACCAACUGUUCUCAGUAAGACCCAGCUUCAGGAAACAUUAACUCACCUAAUAAAGAAUGACUCAGAUUUUCUGAACACAAUCCAUGAAGCCUAUCUACAGAUUCUUCUAAAGAACGUUGGUAAUAUCAAAUUGUGAAGGACAAGCCACUUUGAAGUACAGGCAUAACAGGUCUCCGCAAGUACAAAUAAUGGAAAUUAUUGCUAUAUUGAGCAACAUGAUACUGUGAGAAUACAACUUCGCAAUAUUAAUUGUUUUGGUUUCUACAUUUAUAUUUUGUGAUCAUCAUUCUUUGUUUACAUCUACAAAGUAUUACUGUAUUUCCAGUUUAAAUAUUGUAAGUACUUCUGUGAAAGUAUUUGGUAAAACAGAUUGUGUAUAUAUAUAGGUAGUAACAUCCUACUUUUGAUGCCUUAAAAGGUAAAAUAUAGUUAAUGAGCAAUGUGAGUUUCCCCGUUAAGUUUUUUUGAUUUCUGUAAGAAACAUUUGUUAAAUGACUUAGUUUUACAGAAGUACCUUUGGAAUUUGUUCCUGUUAAACUUGUCUCAGUUGUUUUGUCACCUUUUAAUGCAUAAAAAUAAGCAUUCUGUGGAGUUUUCUGUGUUUAAAAAUAUAGCACACAGUCCACAGUGUUUUAAAAGCAAUAAUAUAUUUUUAUUGCUUAGAGGCAGAGGGAAGUAUUUUAUUCACUAUUAUUUUAAACAGAUUUUCCAAUUAACUAAAUUUGAAAUGCUGUACAAGUAUGUAUGGAAGUGACAGACUUCUAAUCGUACAAAUGAAUAUAUAAGAUAUAAAUUACAAGGCAAACCAAUCACUAAAAGUCAAUCUAGAGACACAACUAAAUUCCAUUCUAAAUUAUCAAAUGUCUGCUCUUCAAUGCUGGCCCUAAAUGUUUAUUUUGCAUUGCAGAUCUAAUUAUAACUUUAAAAAACAGCAAUAAUAAAAUGAGCUAAAUUCAAAAUUGCACCAUACUCUUAAGUUAAAAUAAACCUGCAUAUUUUUGCAUGUUUAUCUCAAAAUGAUUGUGAAGGUAGGAUAUCUGAAAAUGUUUUCUUGCCUUGAGCACAAAGUUCUCUUUCUUAACAUCACUUAUUGAAUUCAUAGAUGAACUAUGGUUGCUUUGUGUGUGUUUGAAUAUGUACAAAUCCAAAAUGUACAAAUCAAAAAUGAAUUUCUCAUGCUAGCUAUGGAAAUGUGUAAGUUUGCAUGAUUUGUAAUAGCCAGAGAAACCUUAAUUUUCCAAAUGUCCUAAGUUUUUUUUAUUAAGUCAUUUGUAGUCAAUAAUUUUGAAAACAGUUAACUGGCAUACAAAACUUAUCGUAGAUGUCGGCAUAUAAGACAACCUUUGAAACCUCAAAAUCCCUCCGAGCAGGAGGGUUGACUUACGUGGAUGUGGGUGGUCUCCAUUUUGAAAUGUCAUCAGCAUCCAAUGCAAAGAGUGGGCAUGUCUUAAACUUGUGCACAUCUUUGCAACACAGCCCAUGUUGCCUGCGUGAUUCCUUGUGCCUGUUAUAAGGUACUGGUAAGUAAAAUGUGCAUUUGUCAGGAGGAAAAUUGAGGCUGAUUGCUAAUGUGAGUAUAGCAUGUCAUGGCUGAAAAGGGGAUCGGCAUACAUGCUGAUUAUAUGCAAAAACAUGAUUUUUGGGGCUGGAAAAGUGGGUUGACUUAUACGCCACGAUUUACGGUGGUUUAAAUUAAUCAAAGUUACAAAUCAAAGUCAUUUUCAUUGUGAGAAAGCUGAUGGGAGCUAAUUUCUUUUGUAGUUAAAUAUUCAAUUAGUGACUGUCUAUUCGUAGUUGUGUCAUAAUGCCAGUAUUGUAAAACUCGAAUUAAUCGUGAAACAGAACCUUCGGCUAGAAGAACAUUUUAGCUGCAUGUAUGUCAGUUGCUCAAUAAACUAAAAACGUUUUUAUCACAUUGGUGUCACCUUCUUUAGUAAAAUAAAAUUCAAAGAUUGGAUCAUAUUCCUAUACCUGUAUGAUGAUUAUAGUUUCUUGAGAUAAAUUUAGGCAGGUAUUAGUUGUGAUAACUUUAAUUAGUAUAUUGAUUAAUUAAUUGAUAUGGUCCUACUAUAUGCCUGUUGUUUGCAAUAGACUGGCAAAUAUAACUCUUUUCAAUUUCAGUUCAAAUUUUCUUUAAACAAUCUACUUGUUAUCAUUUUUUGGUUAACUUUCCUGGUCUUACUUAAUCUUCAUAAGUCUCCUCCCCUUCCACCCCUCUCCCAGCACAAUUCCUCAUUAAAGAGGAGGCAACAUGUUGCCAUGCUCAUGCUAUUGUUGUAUUGUAAUCAGUCACAAUGAAGACACUGCUCCAUAUACAAAGUGCCUGUACUCUGCACCCUUCUCCUUCCAACAGAGCUAAAAUCAGGAACUACUUUGUGGAAAUUUGAAAGCAUGUAUACACAUCUUAGCAUUCUAUAGCACAACAUGCCAGUGCAUCUUUAAUACUUAAUCACUUCACAAUUUAUUUGUGGUUUGCUUUGUAUAUGUGGAAUGUAAGCCGUGUUAGUGGAUUUUCACCCUUAUUAUGUAUCUUUUUUCUUUAAAAAAGCUAUCUGUGAAUCAAUGAGCAUUUUGAACAACUUCAUCUUUUUGUAAUUCUGCAAGUAUAUUUUUGUAAUAAAUAAUGUUUUUAAACACCUACAAUAAAA